GCGUGGCUCGGAGGUGGGCGGGGCCGGUGGGCGGGGCCUCGGCGGCGCUUCCCGCCGGCAAAAGUGCGGCGGGCGCCGAACUUCGGCCAAACUUUCCCCGCGCCGCCGCCGCCGCCCGGUCCCGGUCCCGGUCGCGGUCCCCCGGCCAUGCCCCGCCGCGGCUGACACCGCCGCCAUGUACUCCCCGUACUGCCUCACCCAGGAUGAGUUCCACCCGUUCAUCGAGGCGCUGCUGCCCCACGUCCGGGCCUUCUCCUACACCUGGUUCAACCUGCAGGCCCGCAAGCGCAAGUACUUCAAGAAGCACGAGAAGCGGAUGUCGAAGGAGGAGGAGCGCGCCGUCAAGGACGAGCUGCUGGGCGAGAAGCCCGAGGUCAAGCAGAAGUGGGCCUCGCGCCUCCUGGCCAAGCUGCGCAAGGACAUCCGGCCCGAGUGCCGCGAGGACUUCGUGCUCUCCGUCACCGGCAAGAAGGCGCCGUGCUGCGUCCUCUCCAACCCCGACCAGAAGGGCAAGAUCCGCCGCAUCGACUGCCUGCGCCAGGCGGACAAGGUGUGGCGGCUCGACCUGGUGAUGGUCAUCCUCUUCAAGGGCGUCCCGCUGGAGAGCACCGACGGCGAGCGCCUGGCCAAGGCGCCGCAGUGCGCCAGCCCCGGCCUCUGCGUGCAGCCGCACCACAUCGGCGUCACCAUCAAGGAGCUCGACCUCUACCUGGCUUUCUUUGUGCAGGCGCCCGGUGAGUGCGGACCGCCGGCGCCGGCGAAGCGCCGGGACCGUGAGCGUGUGCGUGUGCUGUGGGGAGCCGGCCCCGCAGCUGCCCUGCGCCUCUCUGUUCCCCCCCCGGCAGCCUCCCAAAAUCUGGGGUCCCCCGUAACCCCCCCGGACACCCGGGGGCUGGCGGUGAUGCCGGCAGCGAGCGCGCGGCCACGGCAGCGAGAGCGCGGCGACGGCUGGAGCGGUGCCGCAGCUCCGGGGCAGUGCCGCAGCUGGGGCCGGCGACCGCGGGGGGGGGGGGGGGGGGAAAGGGGGGGGGAGGAGGAGAGGGGGGGGGUCCCGUCCCCGCAGCCCCCUCCCCGUGCCCGCGCAGGGCAGCCCCGGGCGGGGGGUGCGGCCCCCGCGCGCCUCGCACAAAGCGGCGCCGAGUGCCAAAGCGCGCGCCGCGUGCCGAGCCGGGUGCCGCGCGCCGUGCCAGAGCCUGCACCGGGGGCCGUGCGCGGUGCUGGGCCGAGCACCGCGCUCCGUGCCGCGCACCGUCCCGUGCAGCGCUCCUGCACCGGUGCCGUGCCGGCGCCGGGCACCCAGCGGGCGCCUUUGUCUCCACCGGGGUGCGGGUGCGUGACACGGACACACACACAUGGGG